AUGUCUGGGGAUUUGCCAACAUCUUCCCUGGCAGUCUCAUCCCCACCUAGAUCAUUGCUGGCAUCUGCACAAAUUCCACAAACUGUGCCAUCUCCUGUGGUUCAUGCAUAUAUGGAUGAGUGGUUAGAUGGUGCAGCAGCCUCUGAGCCACAGCUCAUCCCAGCUAUAUCACAGCAACCAUCCCCCCAGCCUAUGGCCACCAAUGCUGCUGCUGUGACUUGGGUAUACAAGGACUUCAUGAUGAAGGGCCAAUUACAACAUCAGUGGAAAAAGCAUGGCAGCUUGUGGUUCAGUAGGAACAUUGUCAUCAGGCCACUUUGGUGCCUUCCACACCUGUUUUGA